UAUUUUUUUAAUUUUUUUUAUUGGUAGUGAAUCUUUUUGGACUAUGUUCUAUUUUUUCCCCAAUGAUUUGUAUGUUUGUGUUGGGAGGGUGGGUUUUCAUACCAAAUAUUUUUUAUUUUAUUUUUAUAUACUGAAUAUAGUUGAUGAAAAUAUAGCACUGUGUUAUUCACUGAUUCAUAUCACCUUCAUCGAGAAGAGGGUGUGUGGAUUCAAAUAAGAUUAUAAAACUUUAGAUUACAAGAGAUAAAUAUUUUGGUAAUUUUAUUUGUGUGAAGAUUUAUAGGUUUCUUGUGCUUUUCCUAUUUGCUUCUGAUUUUUUUUUUAUAUUUCUGAAUUAUUAUUUAUUUAUCUGUUUGGAAUCUCACAGUGUUCUGUUUUCUAUGAUUUGGAUCUAACUGAAUUUGAAUAUUUAUCUUGUUUAACUGUAAUGAUAAUGACAGGGAUAUAAUAAUAUCAUUGAAGUUGAAAUAUUGAAUCAAAAAUGUUGAAAUCAACAUCAUCUGGAUUCUUAAUGUUCCUUCUCCUAUUGUGUGUAUCUGCAACAACAAGAAAUGGAUAUUCCAAAUGCAACAAUUGUGAUGAUGAAACAAGUUGGUUGACAAUUGAGAACAUUCUAGAAUGUCAAAAAAUUGGUGAUUUCUUCAUUGCUGUUGCAUACUUCUCAAUCCCAAUUGAGCUUAUUUAUUUCAUCACUUGUUCAAAUAUUCCAUUCAAAUGGGUCCUUUUUCAAUUCAUUGCUUUCAUUGUACUUUGUGGAAUGACACAUUUGUUGAAUAGUUGGACUUAUGGGCCCCACACUUUUCAACUCAUGGUUACACUCACUGUGUUAAAAGUGCUUACUGCUAUGGUUUCAUGUGCAACUACAAUAACUCUUAUGACAUUCAUUCCUUUACUUUUGAAAGUUAAGCUCAGAGAGUUUUUGUUGAAGAUUAAGACUAAGGAGCUUGGAAUAGAAGUUGGUAUGAUAAUGAAGAAAAAUGAAGCUGGUAUGCAUGUUAGAAUGCUUACUCAAGAGAUUCGAAAAUCGCUUGAUAGGCAUAAGAUUUUGUAUACUACUUUGGUUGAACUUUCGGAGACUCUAGGAUUGCAGAACUGCGCGGUUUGGAUGCCUAAUGAUGAUAAAAAUGAGAUGAAUCUCACUCAUGAAUUGAAUGGGAGGACUUUUUGCUCUUCGAUAUCGAUGAAUGAUCCGGAUGUUGUUCGAGUUAAGGGAAAUGAUGGAGCUAAUGUAAUUAAUUGUUCUUCGAGGCUUGCUAGUGCGAGUAGUGGGACUUCUUGUGAUGCAGGCGCAGUUGCUGCGAUCCGAAUGCCAAUGCUUCGAGUUAGCAAUUUCAAUGGUGACACGCCUCGUGAGGCGUGUUACGCAAUACUUGUUUUGGUAAUGCAUAGUGGAGAUGUGAGAAUUUGGAGUAAUCAGGAGUUGGAGAUAGUUGAGGUGGUUGCUGAUCAGGUAGCUGUUGCUCUUUCUCAUGCUGCGGUUCUCGAGGAAUCGCAGCUUAUGAGAGAGAAAUUAGAAGACCAAAAUCAUCUAUUACAGAAUGAAAAAAGGAAGGCUAUAAUGGCGAGCGAGGCGAGAGCAGCGUUUCAAAAAGUCAUGAGUAAUGGAAUGGGAAAACCUAUGCAUUCCAUCAUGGGUUUUCUUUCAAUGCUGCAAGACAAAAAUUUGAAGAGAGAGCAAAAUCUUAUAGUGAAUUCGAUGGUAAGGACGACAAAAGUUUUAUCGAACUUGAUGAACGAUGCUAUGGACGACUCGGAUAAGGAUAGUGGAAAUGGAAGAUUUCCUUUGGAGAUGAAAUCUUUUGAUUUUCAUGGAAUGAUAAGAGAAGCAGCUUGUCUUGCUAAGUGUAUGAGUUUAUGUAAAGGUUUUGGUUUUAAGGUUGAUGUUGAUAAGACAUUGCCUUACUAUGUUAUAGGUGAUGAAAAAAGGGUUUAUCAAGUGAUUUUGCAUAUGGUUGGGAAACUAAUUGAUAGUAACCAUGGUGGAGGGACUCUUGUGUUUCGAGUUUUCGCUGAGAGCGGAAAUCAAGGAAGAAGCGAUCAAGGUCGGGCAACGUGGAGACCGAGCUCGUCUAAUGAUGUGUAUAUUAGAUUUGAGAUUGGAAUCAAUUGUAAUGAUUCUGAAUUUGAGACAUCAGUUUCUUCAGGGCAGCUUGCAGGUAAGAAGCUUAUUGAUGAUCGGGCGUUCGACGAAAGGUUCGAGGAAAGAUUGAGCUUCGACAUUUGCAAGAAGAUAAUCCAGUCAAUGCAAGGGAGCAUAUGGACAGUACCAAAUUCUAAAGGUUCUCCUCAAGUCAUGACUCUCGCUCUUCGAUUUCAAUUACGUCGAUCCAUCGGUGUAACAAUUAUCGAACCGGGCGAGAGUUCUGAGCCGAUUGACAGCUAGCUCAGAAGAAAAUUUGUUGGAAAGUUGAUUAUAGAUAGAACUAUCUUAUGGUUUAUAUUCUAUAGCUGUAUUUUAGUUAUAGAUGUUAUACACAACUUUCAUAUAUUGUCAUGUUAUGAAAGGAAAAUAGUUUUGCUUUUGAUAUUGUCAUGUUAUGUAGUUUCUGUUUUGAUAUAUACAUACAUCUUUUGUUCA